CAGCCUUGGGCCUGAGGUGCCGGGCCCAAGCGGGCUCACGCGUGGCGGGGAGUUCAGAAGACAGUUGCGCGGCGCGUGAGGGCACUAGCCGCCCAGGAGCUGCCGCGCCGGCCCGAUUUUCCGCGGCUGUAUAAGGAGUAGCGCUUCGGUAGCCGGGGAGCUGGAGGGGAACCUGAUUUGAGAUCAAUUCUUGGAGAACACAAGGAAGUGUGGUGGUACGUUCCAGAUCGUGCAGAUUUUCAAGAAUUCCACUAGUAUUUCUUGGAAGCCUUCUAAUAGACAUCCGUACUCCCUUUUGAACCUUGGGGGUCAUCAGUACUGCUAAAACUGUUCCCAUAGACGCUCUUGGAAGACCUAAGCUAAGAGAAGAUAAAAGAAUGAAGAAAAAAGACAAGUUGUAGAAGAUCAGAAAGGGAAGAGAGAGUGAAGAUAGUGAGGUGUAUUUGGAGAGGAAGCCUCAGGACUAUUCUGUAACACCAAAGCCAUUCGUUGCUGUCCUGUGUUCCAAAAGUCAGAAAAAAUGCCUUUACUUUGAUAAAGAACAGAAGGUAUACUAUGUGGAGGUGAACUGGUCAAACGUGGAUCUUGGUCGAAUGCAUCCAUCAGUUGUAUUGGACUUACAAAACUCUGCCCUUGACAUUUAAAGAUGACCCUUAUCAUUGCUACUGAUCUCUCUUGGCAAAUGACUACCUUUUGUAUGCUGCUUCCGUGUGAAAACUACCCCUUGAUUUGCAGUCAAAGCCACUAUUUGAAGAUUUUUUUUUUUUAUGUGCCUGUGCUUCUGAUAGUCUGGGCCCAAAUCCUGGCUCAGAAACAGCAAUCCUCUCCCUAAGGUCUGCUGCCACAUCCCAACACUGUCUCAGGUGUGUUUGAGGAUUGAACCAGCUGCCCUUUGACCCUGCCAACAACAACGAGCCCCUGCAGUUUGGUAGUGCCAGUGGCCCUCUGGUCACAGAAGGCCUCAUUGAGAAUGGAGGGGAGUCAAGCAAGAAAAGAAAGAGAACAAAUGCUCCUUCAGCUGAUAAUAGUAGAACUCUGAAUGUGGAUUCCACUGCAAUGACACUACCUAUGUCUGAUCCAACUGCAUGGGCCACAGCAAUGAAUAAUCUUGGAAUGACACCGCUGGGAAUUGCUGGACAACCAAUUUUACCUGACUUUGAUCCUGCUCUUGGAAUGAUGACUGGAAUUCCACCAAUAACUCCAAUGAUGCCUGGCCUGGGAAUAGUACCUCCUCCCAUUCCACCAGAUAUGCCAGUCGUGAAGGAGAUCAUACACUGUAAAAGUUGCACACUCUUCCCUCCAAAUCCAAAUCUUCCACCUCCUGCAACCCGAGAACGACCACCAGGAUGCAAAACAGUCUUUGUGGGCGGCCUGCCUGAAAAUGGAACAGAGCAGAUCAUUGUGGAAGUGUUUGAACAGUGUGGAGAGAUCAUUGCUAUUCGGAAGAGCAAAAAGAAUUUUUGUCACAUUCGCUUUGCAGAGGAGUACAUGGUGGACAAAGCCCUUUAUCUUUCUGGUUACCGCAUUCGUCUGGGCUCUAGCACUGACAAGAAGGACACAGGCCGGCUCCACGUUGAUUUUGCACAGGCUCGGGACGACCUGUAUGAGUGGGAAUGCAAACAGCGUAUGCUUGCAAGGGAGGAGCGCCAUCGUAGAAGGAUGGAAGAAGAAAGAUUGCGCCCACCAUCCCCACCCCCAGUGGUCCACUAUUCAGAUCAUGAAUGCAGCAUUGUUGCUGAAAAACUGAAAGAUGAUUCCAAAUUCUCAGAAGCUGUACAGACCUUACUCACCUGGAUUGAGCGAGGAGAGGUGAACCGUCGCAGCGCCAACAACUUCUACUCCAUGAUCCAGUCGGCUAACAGCCACGUCCGCCGCCUGGUAAAUGAGAAAGCUGCCCAUGAGAAAGACAUGGAAGAAGCAAAGGAGAAGUUCAAGCAAGCCCUUUCUGGAAUUCUCAUUCAAUUUGAGCAGAUAGUAGCUGUGUACCAUUCCGCCUCCAAACAAAAGGCAUGGGACCACUUCACAAAAGCCCAGCGUAAAAACAUCAGCGUUUGGUGCAAACAAGCUGAGGAAAUUCGCAACAUACAUAAUGAUGAAUUAAUGGGAAUCAGGAGAGAAGAAGAAAUGGAGAUGUCUGAUGAUGAAAUAGAAGAAACAACAGAAACAAAAGAAACUGAGGAAUCAGCUUUAGUAUCACAGACAGAAGCACUGAAGGAAGAAAAUGACAGCCUCCGUUGGCAGCUCGAUGCCUAUCGGAAUGAGGUAGAGCUGCUCAAGCAAGAACAAGGCAAAGCCCACAGAGAAGAUGACCCAAACAAGGAGCAGCAGCUAAAACUCCUGCAACAAGCCCUUCAAGGAAUGCAACAGCAUCUACUCAAAGUCCAAGAGGAAUACAAAAGGAAAGAAGCUGAACUGGAAAAAAUCAAAGAUGACAAAUUACAGGUGGAAAAAAUGUUGGAAAAUCUUAAAGAAAAGGAAAGCUGUGCUUCUAGACUGUGUGCAUCAAGCCAGGAUAGUGACUACCCUCUGGAGAAGACUCUCAACAGCAGUCCUAUCAAAUCUGAACGUGAAGCACUGCUAGUGGGGAUUAUCUCCACAUUCCUUCAUGUCCACCCAUUUGGAGCAAGCAUUGAAUACAUUUGUUCCUACUUGCACCGUCUAGAUAAUAAGAUCUGCACCAGUGAUGUGGAAUGUCUCAUGAGCAGACUCCAGCAUACCUUCAAGCAGGAAAUGACUGGAGUUGGAGCCAGUCUGGAGAAAAGGUGGAAAUUCUGUGGCUUUGAGGGCUUGAAACUGACCUGAUUCCCUUUCCCUAACAACCUUGGAUCCUGAAAAUUAAAUGUGUCUUGGACAAGCCUAGAAAGUGAUUUGUAUUUUCAAUGGUUUUCAAGUGGAAAUUGCUUUAAAUUUGUCAAUUCAUUCCUGGAAUAUCUUUUGAGUUAAAACAAGGAUCCUAGAGCAGCACCUCGAGCUACAGGCCCUAAAAGAAAUUGACUCAAACCUCAAGUGCUGUAACUUCCUUUCUGUCAAAUUGGUUGUCUUUUUUAUUAAUAGUAUCGAGAAAGGCCUGAGGCUAAAAAGUAUUUGAGGUGUUUUCGGUGUCUGUACUACUGUUGUAGACUUUGGUAUUUUUUUAAACACUGUUAACUGAAAUGUUUUGAUGAUUUGUAUGUGAUUUGUGUUUCGAGAGUUCCCUUCACGUUAAUGUUACUACUGGUGAGAGGAAUGAAAGGAGCACGAGGUACUCCAUAACUGACAUUGUCUUUCCAAUCGCCAGUAGGCCAGUGAAUGAAGAAUACAUCAGUGUCUUCUAGAAGGUGCUUGACCAGGUUCACCUUUUAAAAGACAAAGCAUGGUUUGUGGCUUUUUGCAAAAUUACUGUGAACCAAAAGUUGACAAAUGUUCCAAAGUUAUUUUCUCUAAUAUAUCAGAUAAAAGGUUUAUUUCAGAAUUUUAAAAAAGUCUAUAUGUAUUUGCAGAAAGCAAGUGUCCAGUAUGACUGGCAUGUGUACGUGCUAUUCAGAAUCACCUUGUAAAUAGUCUGCUUUUAAAGAAGGGCAUGUUUAGUUUUCUAUGAAUUUAAACACACAUGUGCACACACGCACAUGCGCACAUAAAACACACACACAUUAGCAGAAGGGAUUUAUUUUAAUAUGCUUUCCUCCCUGGCCUUCUUACAAAGUCUGUUGGUCUCUUCUGCUGUCAGCGUGUUGAAUUGCAAACCGUGUACUGCUGUAAAUAAUAUGUUUACUUCAUGCUGAAUGUUUGCAAAGGCUUGAUAUGCGUAUUAAUGGAAAAUUCUCGGUUAUGAAUAAAUAAUGGGCCAGGGUGUGUGAGGCCUCCUGCACAUAGGUCAGCUCCACCUGGAGUGCCAAUUUGCCAGGGACACCUCCGGUUCUGUGGUGCCCAUCAGCAGAUUGCAAUGGCAGAAUUUGCGUGGACCAGUCAGGAAGUCCUGCAUGAUGGAAAAGAAAGGGAAAGGAUGGGGAUUUGGGGCUAAUAUCCCGAGGCAGAGAUGGUCUUUUCUUUUGUGGUGUUGGUGGUGCUUAUAAUAACACAAGCAUGCCCUCCCUUGAGUCUUGAUUCAAAAUAAGAGAAUGUACUGAGUAAGCAAAGCCAAUGAAGAGUAUUUCAGGAAAAUACUUUGUAAAUGAGAUGUCAGUAGUGUUCAAAGUUGUAUUUUUAAAAGAUAAAUAUUCCUUUUUUAUACCUCAGUUUGGUGUUCUGUU